AUGAAAGUUAUUAUUGCUGGAGGUGGAAUUGCUGGACUGGCGACGGCGAUUGGCCUGCGCCGCGCUGGCCACCAAGUCAAGGUGUUUGAACGCUCAGCAUUUCUCCGCGAAGUUGGAGCAGCCAUCCACGUCUGCCCAAACGCCUCCCGAGUGCUCCUUGAUUGGGGUUUGAAGGCAGAAGAGGCUCGUCUGGUUAGCGUGCGCCGGUCUGUUGUCGCCGCGGCCAACACAUUGAAGCCAAUUGUCGAGACAGAUUGCUCGUCGAUCUCUCGGAGGUUCGGCGCACCGUGGUAUCUGGCGCAUCGAGUCGAUCUACAUUCCGCCCUCCGCUGUUUGGCCACUACCAAGGAUGGACUAGGCCUGCCUGUGGAAAUUUUCUUACGCUCCGAAGUAGUUCAGUAUGACGCCGACGAGGGAUCGAUUACUUUGGCUGAUUCUUCUGUCCACUAUGCUGACCUUGUCAUUGCUGCGGAUGGAGUUCACACGACAGCAGUUGAUCAUGUUAUUGGCCAUUCAGUGCCUCCAGUAUCUACAGGCUCUGCAGCCUUUCGGUUUCUGAUCUCGACCAAAGAACUACUCAAAGAUCCUGAAACAGCGCCGAUGGUGACUGACAAUGACGGAGUCUUCAAAGUCCUCGUUGCCGAUGAUUCAAGACGUCUGGUUUGGUACCCUUGUGCUAAUAGCACCCUACAAAAUUUUGUUGGAAUUCACCCCGACCAACAAGUCGGUGACUAUGAAGACUGGAACCUUUCGGUGGACGUGAAUGAUGUCCUUUCUCAGUACCGUGACAAUCAUCCUAGUAUUCUCGCAAUUCUGAAGAAAGCAAACAAUGUUAAGCGCUGGCCACUCUUAUAUCGCGAUCCUAUCCCUACAUGGCAUCGUGGUCGUUUGGUUCUUGUCGGAGAUGCUGCCCAUCCUAUGCUUCCUCACCAAGGCCAAGGCGGCGCCCAAGCAAUAGAGGAUGCAGGAGCUCUAGGAGUGAUCUUCAGUGGUUCUCUUUCAGAUCCAUCGUCAUUGCACCUCACUAUAGAUGAUAUUAAUAAACGCUUGGUUUUGUUUGAAAAUGUCCGCUAUAACCGCGCUUCAGCGAUGCAGAUAUUUUCAAAUGCAGGACAGGACGAGUCAUGGAAAAUUCGAGAGCGCGCACAGCAGUACAUGUCCGCUGGUGCCGAAGUUCCCACCUCCCCGCCGGAGUUUAUUGAACAUAAUUUUGGCUACGAUGUACAAGAAAAGGCUAGAGAGCAACUACGAGAAUUUUUAGAAACCAGGUCGUGAUACAUCAAUGUUGUGAGGCGAGGUUACUUGCUGGACAGUAUUGAACACCACUGUUGAGGUUAUAGAAUGAUCAAAAUUGUCUACUUCGCCAGCGGACUAUAUUGUAACUAGAUACAAUAUAGCAAUCAUGAUACAAAGCAAAUAUAAAUUAAAUGC